GAAUCAAAAAACAAAUGUAAUCAAAAGUCUAAUCCAGGUUUUGGAAGUUAGAUGUUUAAAUCACUCUGUAGAACUUCUUCGCAAUCCUAUUUCAAAACCGUGAAUUAUUGUGCGAUUGGAAAUUGAAGAGUUUGCAUUCUUGCUUCUACAAUCAAAACUAGUCGUCGCCCUACUUCUGGUUUUACAGGAAGAGUUAAAAGUUCUUUCAAUACUAAGAAAAUGUCAGUUUCGUCAUCAUCAUCUGUAGUGGAACAAACUGUGUCUGAAAAUGGUUUUGAACCUGUUGAGUUACUUAAUGCAACGAAUGAUCAUUUCGAUGGUGUUAUUAUUGAUAUGAAUAAGCCUAUGGAUUCUGACAUUUUUGUUUCUUCGCUUCGUACUUCAAUAUCGCAUUGGAGGCAGCAGGGUAAAAAAGGUGUGUGGAUUAAAUUACCAAUUCAACUAGUAAACCUUGUUGAAGCUGCAGUCAAGGAAGGCUUCUGGUACCACCAUGCUGAGCCAAACUACUUAAUGCUCGUAUAUUGGAUUCCUGAAACGGCUAACACACUUCCUAUCAAUGCUACACAUCGAGUGGGUAUCGGUGCUUUUGUGAUGAAUGAUAAAAGAGAGAUUCUAGUAGUUCAGGAAAAUAGUGGAGUUUUCAAGGGCACUGGUGUGUGGAAAUUCCCCACAGGAGUUAUAAAUGAGGGUGAAGAUAUAUCCAUUGGGGCAGUAAGGGAAGUUAAAGAAGAGACGGGAAUCGACACGGAAUUUGUGGAAGUCCUAGCAUUCAUGCAAAGCCACAAGUCAUUCUUCCAUAAGUCGGAUUUAUUUUUUGUUUGCAUGUUGCGUCCGCUCUCCUUUGACAUCCAAAAACAAGACUUAGAGAUUGAGGCCGCCGAGUGGAUGCCAAUUGAGGAAUUUAUGGCUCAACCUCUAGCGAAAAAAGAAGGUCUUUUAAAGUCGAUGAUUGACAUUGGUCUAGCGAAGAUAGAUAAAGGAUACACAGGAUUUUCGUCAGUUCCCACAACCUUAAGUUUUUCUAAUCAACAAAGCUGCCUGUAUGUGAACAGCCGCGAUCUUUUUCAUCAUAAUCUCUAAUAAUCAGAUUGGUGCUCUGGCAAGAAGUAAAUAUGUUGCAUCAAAUUUUUCGUUAUGGGUAAGCAAGACAAUAAUUGUACCAAGGUGUGUGACAUUCCUCUUCUGAGGAGUGUGUCAUGUUUCUGUUUGCUAGUUAAACAGCGCAACUCCGACGAAGAAACUGUUCUCUUUUAUUCUCGAGAAACUCAGAAAGAGUAAAAAACAACUGGACACUAGGUAAAGCUCCAUCACUUAAGGGUGACCCUGUAACUUCGUAACACUUCUUUUGUUUUCUGUUUUUGGGAUUCUGGAGUCCUGGAAAAUCCCAAUUCCAAAGAGUUGUUUCCUUGCAGUGGCGUUAGAACCGCCGCAGCUGCUAACACAGACUUAUUGUUGACUCUUUCUACUAGUAAAGCCAUUCAUGCAUAACA